CGAGUUCAAUCCUUUCCAACAUCCAUACUUCCAUCAUUGGCCUUGUUCAUGGCCUAUUAUUACCUUCAGUAAAGAUCCAUUCGUUCUCUCAACCUACUGAAAAAGUUGAAGCUAUCAGAAUUCUAUCAUUGCUUGUCCGCAAUGGCCGCAACCUCAACUACACCCAAUUCUUCUGGGGAAGCCUGGCACAUUCUCUACAACCCGUUUAGCACCACCAUCAACGUAGACGAAGAGAACCCAUCAGGUCCUUUGCAACUAUUCUUUCUCCGUCCACUCUGGGCUCCAUUGUUAUUUUCGAACAUUUCCUCUGACGCACGCGAUCACUGUGCGAAUGAGCGAACAUUCUUAUCAUGGCUUCGUCUUUCAGUCUACCUGGCUGUAGUUGCUGUUGCCAUAUUUGUCAAUUUCCACCUCAAGCACCAGCCUAGUGGGCUCGAAGAGAGACUUUCGCAUCCCUUGGGCAUCAUCUUCUGGGUUCUCUCGCUUGCUUGUCUAGCUAGUGGGAUGGCCAAUUACAUGCGGACUGUGACCAAGUAUGCAGGUAGACGUGCCUUGGUGCAGUCUGGAAUCAAAACCCAAGUGAUCUUUGGGGUUGUCGCGUCUGCCAUUAUUGCCGCCUGUGGUUUGUUUUUGGGGGCGGAAGCUCAAGCUUCGAAACUUGGGAGUAAUUGAUUGGCAAGUUUGCUAUCCGUGGCUCUAUGGCCUGUUCAUCAGCACAACGAUGCUCAUGCAUUCUAGCAGUGAGAUUGUUCAAGCACAGCCAACAUUAAUAUCGAUUCAGAUCAGGCCGUCAAUCUAGGAAUGGUCUUAUUCAUAUCUAUAACAGCUGACAUUUUGUUCAACAAAGACUCAUCAUGCCGACCGUCGCUCCUGCGAGAACUUUCACGGGCCAGGAUACCUUCGAGGUGACGACGGAUAAGACACGCUCACACUUUCUGAUUCAGUCCCUACUUCCGCGUCUUUCCACUUUUCGGUCCUCACACCUGCGCUGCUGUGCACAGACUGUGGCUCCGGUUGCAUUAUACCCAUAUACAUUCCGUCUCGAUCAUACUCUCCCUGAACACGACUUCUCGCAGGCACAGCGUCUCGUCUCACUGGAUCAUGCAACAACCGAGGAAACAACUUGUCGACGAUAGGUUUUAAUGUCGGCAGACAAGCGCAGAUGAUUCCCACGUUGAUCUCGAGGCACGACCAUGCUGCGACAUCUGGAUAGAAAUGAGUCGUGUCAUUCUCGGCGUGUUCAACACCCAGAUUGAGAGCCCGGAUACGCAAGCCCGAAGCUAGGCAGGUACUGUUUUCAUCACAGUCUUGUUAGCGUUCUGGUCUUCCACCUUUGUUGCAGGAAUUCGACUACUGUUGCAUAUGGUGGCGUUGGUAUACUUACAAAAUACCCAAUGCAAAGACCACGAUCAGCCAAUACUUCUGACGCUUUGGCAGAUGCAACCGCUUGAUCAGCGGUAUGGGCAGAAUCCAGAUGAUGAUAGCAGUGAGCGUGUUGAAGCCGGCUGAAGUGUACCAGAAAACAUUAUACUUGAUACAGCGAGUCGGCGGAGAGAGAGGGUCCCAGAUAUACCUUGUUGGCACGCAUUGCAAUGCCAAAGCCAAUGUCGAAGCGACGCCGAAAAGUGUAACGAUGACAAUCAGCGUCGUUGUAAUGCGAAGAAGCCAUCGACCGACGAAGAAGUUGCGGUACUGAAAGAGGAAAACGUUCUGAGUGAGCAUCAUACCUAUGCUGUAAACUAUGGUGCUUCCCCAAAGAGCCUAUCGGGUUCGUUUCGUGUCAGCUCAAUACAAGGUGCUUUGAACUUGGUUGUUGUCGAUAUCGAAAGUCCGGCCACCAUAUACAGACACCUACCUUGAGGAAAUUAUAUAUUUCAUGGAUCGAGAGUUCGUUCAUGUGCUGGCCGAGGCCAUUGUAUCCUUCUGCAAAAUCUGUCAAUUCCGACGACUCGAGCCACGGCCCACAGGAGAGAGAAAGUGAAGCCGUACGAAACACGAUGAGCGUCGUCAACGCUAUCGAGGCCAAGAUGGACAACGUGAGCAACACGUCAUCGAUCAAGAGCGUCUUGACGAUGAAGGCCCUAGUAUAAAAGCGCACGCCUCCAAAGAGGACCGAGAGCACUGUAAAGGUCAGAGAACAGACCAGCGCCCCGGUGGCAUGCAUUUUGUGUCUGCACGGAUACGAGACAAAAUGUCGUGGUCGGUCAAGGAGGGUAGUUGGAUGGAAGUUGGAAGUGUUGUUGUCAAAGGAGUUGCUGGAAUCAGAUCCAUGCCUUUUGGUUCGUGAGGAUAGAUAUCGACAAUGUUUCUCUCAAACGACCGCUUUCGAACGGUGCCCAAACAAAGAAGCAACAAGUGAAGGCGAACGGCGAGCGUGGAGUCACCCCUGCCCGAGAAUCAUCCCCCGUCAAGUGAAUGUGGUGGUGAGCGGAGGGGGUGGCGGUGGGUGAGAACGUCUUCCAACGGAGCAAAGGUGAAAGGGUCGAGAAUAGACGGUAUUGAGUGUGGGAUAUUGAUGGUCGUCGUCGGGAUAGGCAUGGAAUCAUGACAUGAACUAGUGGUGUGCCUUGAGUGAUGUCUAAAUGUGUUCUACAAAAACAACAAAACCUCUCCUCAGGCAGGACCAAUGAUGGCAAUGUCUAAUGUCUACUAGAUCCGGGCAGUCACCGUACAGUAUUUUUGAAAUUCGCAUAGUGCUGUUUGGGAUGGGAUGUUUGACUUAUUGGUGGCGUCGAUGGUGACCGAGUUAAAAAGGCAGUGCUCGCGAC